AUGUUCUUACGCUGCCUUCCAUUAAACACCAACUUCUUAUUCUCAUUCCUCAUCAAUACUCGUCACUUUUCGUCUUCUUCUUCUUCUUGUUCAUCUACUAGUUGUAGUGCUACAAUCACAAUCACUCCUACAAUUUUGAAACAAUGCAAUUCAUUAGUCAAUGCCAAACUGUUGCAUCAACAAAGCAUCGUGCAAGGUGUUGUUCACUUUGUCACCAACCUCAUCGCCUCUUACAUAUCAUGCAAUUCCACUCUCCAUGCCAUUUCGCUUCUCGAGCGCCUCCACCCAUCCCCAUCAUCCGUUUUCUGGUGGAAUCAACUCAUAAGGCGUGGCCUUCAUCUUGGAACCCCUCGUGUCGUUUUGGGUUUUUACCGUCGUAUGAAAACACUUGGUUGGACCCCUGAUCAUUACACCUACCCUUUUGUUUUCAAAGCUUGCGCUGACAUUCCCUCAUUUUCUCAUGGUGUUUCCCUCCAUGCUGUCGUUUUUCGAUCUGGGUUUGGCUCCAAUGUGUUUGUUUGUAAUGCCGUGGUGGCCAUGUAUGGGAAAUGUGGUGCUCUCAGUGACGCACGCAAGGUGUUUGAUGAUUUGUGUCACCGAGGGAUUCAGGAUUUGGUUUCUUGGAAUUCUAUUGUGUCUGCUUAUAUGCGGUUUUCUGAUGCAAAUGCUGCACUUACGUUGUUUCGUGAAAUGAUUAAAAGUAAAAGCCAUUGGAUGAUAUCAUCCCCUCCGGAUGCUGUUAGUCUUGUUAAUAUACUUCCUGCUUGUGCUUCCCUGGGUGCUUCAUUGUUGGGAAAACAGGUUCAUGGGUUUUCUGUUAGAAGCGGAUUGGUGGAUGAUGUUUUUGUGGGUAAUGCUGUGGUUGAUAUGUAUGCCAAGUGUGGCAAGAUGGAGGAAGCAAAUAAGGUUUUUGAGAGGAUGAGGUUUAAGGAUGUUGUUUCUUGGAAUGCCAUGGUCACUGGGUAUUCUCAAGCUGGUAGAUUUGAACAUGUUGUUUCUUUGUUUGACAAGAUGCGGGAGGAAGAUAUUGAGUUAGAUGUUGUGACUUGGACGGCUGUUAUCGCGGGGUAUGCUCAGAGAGGGCAUGGCUGUGAAGCUCUGGAUGUGUUUAGGCAGAUGUGCAACUGUGGUUCUCGGCCAAAUGUGGUCACUCUCGUGUCUUUGCUUUCAGGCUGUGCAUCUGUUGGGGCAUUGCUUCAUGGGAAAGAAACUCAUUGUUAUGCCAUCAAAUGUGUUCUCAACUUGGAUGGAGGAGGGGAUGAUGAUCUGAUGGUAAUUAAUGGUCUAAUUGACAUGUAUGCUAAAUGUGAAAGUAUAGAAGUGGCUCAUACAAUGUUUGAUUCAAUAUCUCCAAAAGAUAGGGAUGUCGUUACCUGGACUGUGAUGAUUGGCGGGUAUGCCCAGCAUGGCGAUGCCAACCAUGCCCUGCAACUUUUCUCCCAGAUGUUCAAAGUGGAUAACUCUAUUAAGCCUAAUGAUUUUACUUUAUCAUGUGCCCUUAUGGCUUGUGCUCGUUUGGCAGCAUUGAGGCUCGGUAGGCAAAUUCAUGCUUAUGUGUUGCGCAAUCGUUAUGAUUCUGUCAUUCUUUUUGUGGCUAAUUGUCUCAUUGACAUGUAUUCCAAAUCUGGAGAUGUAGAUACUGCUCAAAUUGUUUUUGACAACAUGCCAGAGAGAAAUGCAGUCUCUUGGACUUCUUUAAUCACAGGCUAUGGCAUGCAUGGACGUGGUGAAGAUGCUCUCCGGGUUUUUGAUGAGAUGAGGAAGGUGGCUCUAGUUCCUGAUGGCAUAACCUUUCUUGUUGUGCUUUAUGCUUGUAGUCAUUCGGGAAUGGUGGAUCAUGGAAUCAAUUUCUUUUAUAGAAUGAGCAAGGAUUUUGGGGUUGAUCCUGGAGCAGAGCAUUAUGCUUGCAUGGUUGAUCUUUUGGGUCGUGCUGGUCGCUUAGGUGAAGCUAUGAAACUCAUUAAUGAGAUGCCAGUGGAGCCAACCCCAGUAGUGUGGGUGGCCUUGCUUAGUGCUUGUCGGAUACAUUCAAACGUUGAACUUGGGGAAUUUGCUGCAAAUAGGUUGUUAGAAUUGGAGUCUGGGAAUGAUGGCUCAUAUACGUUGCUUUCAAACAUAUAUGCUAAUGCCAGACGCUGGAAAGAUGUGGCUAGGAUUAGAUAUUUGAUGAAACAUACAGGGAUCAAGAAAAGACCUGGUUGCAGCUGGGUCCAAGGAAGGAAAGGCAUUGCAACAUUCUUUGUUGGAGACAGAUCUCACUCACAAUCUCAGCUGAUAUAUGAAACACUUGCAGACUUGAUUCAACGCAUUAAAGCCAUUGGGUAUGUUCCUCAGACAAACUUUGCUCUUCAUGAUGUAGAUGAUGAAGAAAAAGGUGACCUGCUUUUUGAACAUAGUGAGAAGUUGGCUCUUGCCUAUGGCAUCCUAACAAUACCUCCGGGUGCACCUAUUCGAAUCACCAAGAAUUUGCGCAUUUGUGGUGAUUGCCACAGUGCCAUAACCUACAUAUCCAUGAUUAUUGAACAUGAGAUCAUACUAAGAGACUCAAGUCGCUUCCAUCAUUUCAAAAAGGGAUCUUGCUCAUGCAAAGGAUACUGGUGACAAUGUAAUCAACCAAUUCCAUUUAAUUUAUGACAUUUUUGCAAUGAGAGAGUGAAGAAUGCAACAAGAAUGUUUCAGAGGUGCUCAUCAACACGACCAGUUGCUGUCUUGAAGCUAAAAUUAAGAUGAAUAUUGUGGAAAUGCCUGCAGAAGUCAAGAAGCCAGCAGAGAGGAAGAAACCUAAACCUAAAGAACCCAAGGCAAAAGGACCAAAGUCGAGAAGGAUCCUGACGUGCCCAAGCGUCCUCCCACUGCUUUUUUUUCUCUUCUUGUAAAUCUUCUUUCUCUAAAAUAUGUUUCUGUUGUCUACUUUGUUUUAUUAAGUAAUAAUCUUUGUUACAGGGAGGGGUUUUGAAAAGAUUUUAAGGAAGGAAAUCCUAUUUCAAAGGAUGUUAAAAGGGUUAGUAAAGAGGCGGUUAAGAAUGGAAUAUCAUGACUGAUUAAGAUAAGAAGCCUUAUUUAGAUAAAGCAGCUGAACUCAAGGCUGUAUAUCAGAAGGCAUUGGAAAGUUAUAAUGCUGAUCAAGAAGUACUAUUUUCUUGAUUUUGAGCACAUUUAUUUUAUUAAUUGUGUUGUUCUCUCUUUAAAGUUGUUACUUCUGCUUAGGAUCAAGAGGGGUCUGACAGGCAAGAGAAGAGGAACAGAUAUCUGAUGACGAGUAGCAUUUUGCUGCUCCUUAAAACCCGUUUACUAUGUGGAAAGGCUACAUAAAUGCUCAUUAUAAGGUUGUAAAAUUUGGAAUACAUUGUAGUAGGAGAUUUGUCUUUAGAUGCUAAUAGUUUAAUGC